UUGUACUCCGCCGAACUCGGAGCGUCCUUUCAUUUCCUAUUGAAAGAGAAGAGGAGAGAAGAGGAGAGGAGAGGAGAAAGGAGAGAAGAGACGCGAAGAGCAGAGAAGGAAGGUAUCGCAUUCUGUUCCUUGUCUCAUCUGAUCCAAACCCAGCCAAGCGGCACCACUCGCCGUCGCAUCCUUGGAGUCCGUUGGGCGGCACGAGCAUUUCGGUGUCGGCGUCUCCGAACCUGAUGUUUGGGUCUUUCCCGUCGUUUCCUGCGCAGCGAAUGAGCUAAAUCGGAUUCAAAAGCUUGGUCUGGGCGUCGGUUGACGAAAACGAGCGAGGCAAAACCAUCUGUCUCCUCCUUUCCCUUGCUAUACUCGGCUUAAACAAUGGUAAUAUCCACUGAUAAUGUUCGGGGCUUUUCUCUGGCCCUUUCCUCAAGCGUUUUUAUCGGAUCAAGCUUUAUAAUAAAGAAGAUCGGUUUAAAGAAGGCAAGCUCCUACGGAAUCAGUGCAGGUUCCGGAGGAUUCUCAUAUUUAUAUGAGCCCUUGUGGUGGCUGGGAAUGGUUACAAUGAUUGUUGGUGAGGUUGCUAAUUUUGCUGCAUAUGCAUUUGCUCCAGCAAUACUUGUUACUCCUUUGGGAGCUUUGAGUGUUAUAGUCAGUGCAGUGCUUGCACAUUUUGUGUUGGAUGAGAAGCUACACAUAUUUGGUGUCCUUGGUUGUGUCCUUUGUGUUGUGGGAUCAACUAGUAUAGUUUUGCAUGCACCUCAAGAGAAGAAUAUUGAGUCAGUUAAGGAAGUGUGGGACCUAGCUACAGAACCAGGUUUCAUUGCUUACUCAUGUGUGGUUAUCAUCCUAGUAAUUGUUCUAGUUAUACAGUUCGCUCCGCGAUAUGGUCGAACGCAUUUGAUUGUCUAUGUUGGCAUUUGCUCAUUGAUGGGCUCUUUGACAGUUAUGGCUGUCAAAGCAGUGGGUAUUGCUUUAAAGCUUACGUUUUCUGGAAUGAAUCAAUUUGUAUAUGCUCAGACUUGGUUUUUCACAGUUGUCGUGAUAACUUGUUGUCUUUUUCAGUUGAACUACUUGAACAAGGCUUUGGACACUUUCAACACUGCAGUGAUUUCUCCUGUCUACUACGUUAUGUUCACUACUCUCACUAUAUUUGCCAGCAUGAUCAUGUUCAAGGACUGGUCUACACAGAAUGCAUCACAGAUUGUUACGGAGCUUUGUGGCUUUAUCACAAUUCUCUCAGGAACUUUCCUUCUUCAUAUGACAAAGGACAUGGGGAAUCCUGUGACCACAGAGCCAACCAGAUUGACGGAGAGAGAACUGUCAAACCACCACUAAUCACACUUGUUUUAGCUGUCUUGUUACGGUCGCCGAUGAAUUGGCUCCAUCACUAAAUUGCAUUUUUAGGAGAUUUCUUGAUUAGCUUAAUCUCGCUAAAAUGCAACAAAAAGCCUCUUCUUCAGUUAACAAGCUCAAGACACCUUGAGAUGACCUCAUACUUGAUUUCCCAGAUUCCUUGAAACGAGUUUAUACAUGUUUGUCAGUUAAUAUUUCUUCCUUUUGUUUUUUUUUCUGCUUCUGUACAUAAACAUCAAUUGCUUCAAACUGAUACUGUGCAGAAAGAACUAAACAAGUCUGGAGUCAACGUUUGUUUUAUCAAAUUUUCUGAAUUAACAUGGCAACCUUUUCUCUUAUGCAUUGCUAGCUGAAAGACUUGUACAGAGCGACAUUUCAGUUCAUAUCUGUGUUUAUCUUUGCAUAUUGAGCUUCAUUCCUUGCUGCCGCUGCGUGUAAGCUUCUUCAUCCCUUUGAAGACUUUGGAGAGCUUUGCCAAAUUGCGCUUCCCCAUCCCCAGAUUCAUCUUCCCGGCGGACAGCCGGAACGCGUCUA